CGGCGGACAGUGCUAACCUGUCACACAAUCUUACUUUAUGUUGAAUUUACAUGUAUUAUGUUUCUCUGCCUGUUGUUACGAAGAUGUCCAAGCCUAAUGUGAGUGAAGGGUUUCGUCAGAAGGUGAAGCAGUUUUUUGGCGCGAAGAAAGGCCAUGUUACUCCCGUAUACGAAGGUCCCAAACCAGAUGAAUUUUUGUUUCAUCAAGAAUUGCUUCAGGUAGAUUCAUAGUUUAACUUCAGAGUUGGGAAAUAUUUCGUCUUCAUUAGCGAUUAUAGUUAUUACAGCUGAUGGUUAACUCUUGCAUCAGGAAUGGAAUUUUAUGUCGAUGUCAUUCAAUGAUAUUAAGGCAAAUUAAUGAAAGUAAUGAUUUGGUUGUCAAUCAAUUUAGCCGAGAAUGGCCAAUUAUAGAUAGUUGAUUCAUUCAAACUGCCAAUAGUAUAGAAAUCCAUCACUGAAUAGAUAAUUCACUGUAAAUGGAACUGUAAAAGAAAAGACCUUCUUAAUAAGAAAGAAGGAUGUUGUCAUAUCGAUCAUUAGAAAAAUCCAACUAGUGGUCUAUUAUCAACGCUGCAUUCUGAUUGGUUGAGCUACUACUAGGCUAUAUGUUAUAGCCCACUAGUAGCGAAAAGCCCCGGCUUUGAAAACCAAAACAAUGGCAGCUGAAUUGCGUUUUGCUAGCUAAAGUUGUCUUGUCUCUAUAUUUUUGACCAACUAGUUGGAUUUUACUAAAACAAUUAUUCCUCUCACCCUCGUGGCCUCUGAGUCAAUAGCCCAUUCGGCCACUAUUGACUCAGAGCCCAUUUGGGCUAGAGGAAUAAUAAUUGUUAAAUAUGUUGAUCGAGCGUCGGUCGAGUAUCGGUUGCAUAUCGGUCGAGUGUUGGUGGAGUAUUGGUUGAGUAUUGACUGACGUAUCGAUUGAUCAUCAGUCAACUGUCAGUCGACAUUUGGUCGUAAUAGUAUCUGUAGUGUGUCGGUAAUGUAGUAUCAGGAUGUAUUGGUGGUGUAUUGAUCGAGGGUGGUGAGUGCUGAGAGAGACUUUGUAUCUUGAUUAAAUUAUGUGGUUCCAAAUGCCAAUUACAGUUUUGGGAGGUUCAAUGGAACCAAAAUGGACAAGGAAACCAAUUUUUUUCCCCUACAUGUUUUGCCCACAACUGGACGCCAUACUUUUUAUUGAGAAAAUUUCUCUUCCGUUUUUAACAAAACCAAUAUUAUUUUAGGUUUCUGAGAAACUGCCCACCUACCACUCCCCUAAACUAACAUUUUUCCCUAAGUGAGAAUUAAUGUUAGCUUAGGGGAGGCGUAGGAGGGCAGUUUCCCAGAAACCCAAAUUGAUGCUAAUGCUGAAAAGUUUAGCGUCUUAACUGAGGUCCGAGUGUUGGUGAAUUGGUGAUCCAUCACCGGAGUACUGACAGACUAAUGACUGACUAUCGACCAGUGAAUUAUAGGGGCCAACUAUCGGCCACAUUUCCAAUUCGACUGUCACUUGGUCGAUAUAUAAACUGAUGCUCGACCGAAGCUCCACCAACACUCACUUGACACUUGCCCGACACUUGACCGAGACUGGAAUGAGACUCGGCCAAUAUAUCAACUGAUAUGUCGACCGAUACGCCGACUGAUAUGUCUGUCAAUAGCCCCUAUAAGACACAAGAUCCUGUUGCUUUGGGCAUUGAACUUUGCACACUUGGAAGCUAUUGUUUGGCACUCACUCAAGCAAAUCAUUGCUCAGCAGUGAGUGCCAUAUGCCCAAAUGCCCAUUUACCAAUGAUCAAUUGUGAAAGCAAUCUUUAUUGAAUUAGGUAUAUACAGUUGUAUGUCUAUACUAGUGGUAUGCCAGUCAUCGAUCACAAUCAAUCAUUGGUUGUAAAUGUUAAAGUGAUGCAAAAAUCAAUUAUUAUGGAACAUUUGUCAUCCAUUAUUAUUUUGCUUUAUGUUCCUACCAUAGGAAAUCAGCAAGGAAAACCCGGCCCUGUCAAACAGGGUCAAAGUUUUAAAAGACCUUUGUGACUUUUUGGUCAGUCGGCGAGUGGAAAAUGUGAGUAGUCUUAGACUUAAGUUAUAAACGGCAAUUUAAGUAGAAAUAUAUAUGUAUCACAAAACCUCAUAUUCAGGUCUUUCCUGGAGCAUGCUGAUUGUACAUUAUUGUUACCCUGGAGAUAGCAAUACAUGUAUGUGAUUAGUAUAAAAUCAUCUGCCUGAGCCUGAGCCUUUGUCAGUUAGUUUUAAGGAGCCACAGUCUUUAUUUUGUAAUUUCUGUUAUCUUUAUGUUAUUUUUUGGGUAGUCUGUAGAGGGGGCCCAUACCAUAAGGUAGUUGCUAUGAACCCCGAUCGCUAGUGUGUCCUUGGAGCGGGGGUAAGCGUUUUUGGGUCAUCAACAAAGUACUCGUUCCAAAAAGAUUGGAAAUACAGACCUCACAACAGCUGUGUGGUGAUAAAUUUAGGGUUAGGAAAUUUAAUGAAUCAAGUUCCUCGUCAGUUUGCCUUGUAUAGUGACCCUAAAUGGAACUUGUUUCACUCUGUUUCCUAACCCUAAUAAUCACCUAAGUUUAGAGUCAUUUGGUAGCUAGUCUGUGGCAAUUUGCAAACCGCAUAAUACCCCUGCCAUAAAUAGUACAGUGGAAUCCUGAUACGGAGAAGUGCCAAGAGACUGGGAAAAUCAUUUGUACAUGGUCAGUACAAUGGAACCUCCAUAUAAUGAACCUCCAUAAAACAAAGUCCAAGGUAUAAUGAACGAUUUUCUUUACCCCAGUAAUAGUAAAAUGUAUGAAAAAGAACCUCGAUAUAACAAAACCUCGGUAUGGCGAACAAAUUUUGCCAGUCCCUUGGCCCUUCAUUACAUUGAGGUUCCACUGUACCUGUAUUUGGUCCUUCUCUACAGAAAAUAUCUUUUGUUAGGGUUUAUUGUACUAGCAUGGUUGCCACAGGUCAGGAAAUAGUCAGGGGAAAUAAGAUUUCUUCAAGGUCAGGGAAAAGUCAUUGAAUUUCACUUGGAGUCAGGGAAAAUUUAAGUCUUUGAAAGAAGUCAGAGAAAAGUGAAAUUUUAAUGGUACAUUUUUACAAUUUUACAAACAUGAAUUAUUGUGUUGUAUUGGUAGAAUGUUGUUUUAUAAAUGAAAUUGAACAACAAGCUGAUGUUGGGUUUUCAAAAAAAAUCAAUCCUGUUUGCACGUUAAAUUAAGGAACUAUCAAUUCAUGUACACCAUGUGUGACUUGCUGAAAGCGUAAAUAAAUGGGUGGGGGGAUGGCCGUGAGUGGAGCAUUGAUCGAGUCUAUUUGGGACUAAUUUGUGAAAUCGUAAUUUCAGUUGGUCAGGGAAAUUUUACAUUUGUCAGGAAAAAGUCAGGAAAAAGUCACGGAAUUUCAGAAUCCUCUGGCUGUGGCAACCAUGACUAGGGUUUUGCUGGUAUAUACCAUACUUUAAUCUCUCAAGAGGGUGUGUUUUAGUAAUCACACCACAGUCAGGCAGGUAGCCUGACAGCAUAUGUAUUCCUAUGAAAAUGCUGUGCUUAAAGUGAGCCACUGGUUUAGAAGUUUUAAGGGGAUCUCAAUUGCCAAGAAAAUUUCCUUGAGAAAGGUGACUGUAUGACUACAGAGUUCAAGCUAAGUGACAUAGCUUCUGGUUAUCUGGUAAAUUGUACUUCCUGAAAGUGCCAUUUCCCCGGUGAUGUUUGAAUGUGAGAGCUGCUAUAACAUUAUGUUAUGUGCUUGUUGUCAUAAUUGAAUCUGGGAGUUAUAUUUGUUUUUGGAGGCUAUAUAUUGAGGCAGAUAUGUUCUUGUCUUCAUCCACAGCAUGCCAUUGAAGCAGCCUGGGCUGCAGUUGAGGAUCUGCUAAAUCCAAACAGCCCAGUGGAAGCACGUCAUGUUACAUUUCAUUUUCUAACUGUUAUGGUGUCUGGACAGGUCAGUCACUUGCUGUAAUUUUUUGUUAUUGUCUUUUGAAAAAGUGAUAGCUAUACACCUGUUAAACCACUGAUAUAAAUUCAUUUUUUCUUUGCAGAUCGACAGACUUGGCAUUUUAAGGUGUCAUUUCUUCUCUGUUGUUGCUAAUCACAAGAUUCCAGAAGAUGUUUCACCGAGGUAAGUACCACACUGGUCAAACAUUGUGUUUUACCAGAAUAUAUCCACACUCCCCACAGAGGGUAUUUUUUAAAUUAACUCCCCUUCCCCUACCAGUUUAAUUCAAUGACCAUACUUUGUGCAAACUAUUUGGCUCUUAAUACCUCACCCCCAACCCUAGAAUUUUCCAGUGACCCUUCAAGGGGUUGAUAUGGAUAUCUGCAAACACACUUUAUGUGGAAACUAUAUUAAUAAUAAUAAUAAUAAUAAUAAUAAUAAUAAUAAUAAAAAAUAUUUAUAUAGCGCUUAUACUUUUCAGUGCUAUUAGAGCUUUACAAUUAAUCUGUUAGAGGGAUCAUUAAAAUCUCUGAUCCUGCUGGUUCAAACACAUUUGUUACACCUCCCAAUUCAGCACAUUUUCUGAUUAACCCAUUCGCCCCUGAACCACCCGUAACCGCCCGUGCGGAUCCAGGUCCUUUCUACCCUUUGUGACGUCAUCAGUUUUAACGGUCAAGGACAACUUUCUUCGCUAACUUGUGCAGAGUGAAGAGAUCUUUCAAACCAUACCAGAAUGAGCACAAUUCAGUCAAGGACACCGGAGAAAGAAGCAAAAAACCACGUGACAAGGACCUGAAAAUCUCCAUGAAAAUCUUGUUCCAUUAGUUUACCCACCUACCUUUCCUUUCAUCUAAUCCUAAGAUCCUAAAAGCUUUCCUAAAAACUCUUCCCACCAAAAUGAAGCCUACUAAAUGCCCAGCAAGAGAAAAAAAAAAAUGAGGCAAGAAAAGCGAAAAAAGAAGGGAGGAGAGAAAGCGAGAAGUCGAAAUUUUGCUUUCUGCGCAUGCCUGAACUUCGCAAGCUGAUAUUUUGCAUCUGGAUCAGAAGGCCGCCAAGUGUACGACCUGUAAACCGGUUUGUGGUAAGUUUUAGCUCUUUAUAGCUCGACAGUGACCAGAAAACCACUCAACUAGCUUCAAAACGCGUUUUUCGGCAAAAUCUCCAGUAGCGAAUGGGUUAAGUGAACUGAUUAACUUGCCAUGCGGGACAAAACUUACGUGUAUUAUGCAGUGACAGGUCAUGUAUCUUGCCUGCCAGUCAUCCAGCAAACAAUUAUUAAUUUUUUUGCAGCCAGGACAAAAAAACUAAAUUUAUAAUUUUUUGUUAGUUUCCCCUCACCUUGUCCUUCAAUGUUCACUGAGUGCCUAAUGGAAAUAAAAUGUACUGUUUCCUUUUGGGACAGAUAUCCUUAAAAUGAAUUGCCCUUUUAUUAAUGGCUCCUUCAUCCAAGAAACAAUAACAACUUUGGCGUCACUUUUUAAAUACAAUCUCUGUCCUUUUUAAUUACCCUUUUCCUUCAAAUUUUCUCUAAAUAAUGUGUAAUGUCAAGAUUUUAAAGGACAUCAGAAGUAGACAAAUUUGAGAAGCUGAUUAUGGAGAUGUCAUACUGAUAAUUUUGAUUUAAUUAACUAAUCUUCAGACUGGAUAUGUUAAAGGCUCUGAGUGAUAAUGGAAAAGACAUCUCAUAUUUUGAAGAGCUGACAGGUAAGAAAAAAUUUAACUUGACUAGUCUAAUUCCAUUGUUUCGUGUUUAUAGUUUUACCGUAUCUGGCAUUGUGUAUAAAAUUAAUGCAGGUUAAUUGUUGUAUAAUAACAUCACUACAGGCCCUUUUCUGUUGUCGUGGAUGCCAGAAGUCAUGCAGGAAGGAAGGUGAAUAUUAAAUAUUUCAAGAUUUUUCAUCCCCACCCCUCUCCUAGAUGUUUGUCUGACCUGUCACACGAUCACACAAUCUACCUAACAAUCCUGAUGAGGCAGAGAAAUGUAUUUUUAGGAAGCUUUCUCCCCUGUGGUUGAGCCUGAAUGCAGUGCUGUCAACUCUCCCGGAUAAUCCGGAAGACCCCAGAUUUUGAACCGUAUCUCCCGGUCUCCAGAUUAGAGUCUGAAAUCUCCCAAAUAAUCGCCAAAGUUUGCCAUUUCUUGUAGAUUCGACUCUCUGACAAUGAAAUUUCAAAUAUUUUGCGUUGUUUGAGCUAUUUUAUUUUGAACAUUUCCUUAUAAACUCCGGUAUGCCAUUGAAAUAUGAUAAGCAAUAACUUGAUUGGUGGCAAGUAAACCAAUCAGGUCAAAUGUUACAAUUCCAACUACAUCUUUUUUUGCGCAUUUUUGGAGAAAUGACGCCAUGGGUUGUGCAUUAUGACGUCAACUACCAUUUCUCAAUAUUUGAAGACUUAAAGGGUUGACAGCCCUGUGUUUGUGUGUUGACAUGUAUCUUAUUUUAAACCCUUAAAACUCUAGCAUCAAAAUUCAGAUUCACGUUGUCCCUAUAAGUUUUCUAUGGAAGUACUGGAAGAAUUUGUUAAAGGAUCAAAUAGAUUGAUCAUGUCCUAGCUAGAUUCUUGUCACAAUGUAUUUUGUAAAGCAUUAAUAUUACAAGGAGAAAUUUGAUGCUGAUCAAUCUUAGGCUUAAAGAAUUUUAAUAUUACUUUGUUUUCCUUGUAGAAUGGAUGUCUUUAUGCCUCUUGUGAUCAACGUUAUCCACUAUAACUCAAGUUUUCUUGAUGAAGAUAUCAUAUCAGGCAUCGUAAGGUAAGUGAACAAUCAACAUAGCCUGAAUUUCAUCCGAUUACUUUAAGUCGUUAUUACUCCCUCAGUAAGUUACUGAGGGAGUAAUAACGACUCGAAGUAAUCGUAUGAAGUUCAGGCUAACAAUCUACAAUGAGUUUCAAGUUUUUAAAAGUAUGAAUGGUCUUUGAACUUUGAGAAGAACUACAGCUAUUAUUUGGCAAUAAUAUGAAAUAAUCCGAUUUUACCAGUGGGAAAUAUUUUUUACGAAAUUAGCGCCCAAGUGGACCCUACUGUUUAAAGAAAAUCGCGUCUUGUGAAAAAUUUUGCUGAUAUUUUUGGCUGAAAUUUCUUGUAUCAGCAUUUAUUGAUAUAAUAAAUAUGCCGAAUGAAUUUCAGAGAAAUCGUUGGAGCAGAAGUCCGUAACUAGAAAGCCCCUCCGAAUUCACCUAUGAAAUUGUUUUGGAAUUUCGACAACAAAUUGCUCUGAGGUAGAACGAGUGACCAAGUUGAAUUUUGGGGAAAAGUAAAUAUAAUGCUUGCUUAUCCUGAGGGAAAAGGCGAUCGGCAAUCGCUUUGUUCUUUAACAAGUUCUCUUCAGUUUUGUAAACACUAUAAAUUACCGCAAACUUCGCUCUGGUAACGAUUGAUUUAUUCUUGUACAUUUUUCAGAAUUCUUUCAGCAGUUUUAGCUCAAACCCUUACUGCAUAUAUUUCAAUGUAUUGCAAUGAAUCUACAUCAUUUUUUACUGCUCUGCGUUGCUUCCAAUUCAAGAAACAGGAAACUCGGAUAACACACUAGGCUGUAUCAGGUCUCAGAUAGAACUGUCGAGCGCCUUUGUUUAUGAAUACGAAAUGAGCACGUGCGACAGUUCUCCAAAGAAUUCACACCUAAGCCCGGGGGGCGAACGACAAUGCUGAAAGCCUGCGAACCGUGUAGGGUUGAUGACACCUGGCGUUCAUUUCUAAGGAGUUUUGGAAAGGAUGGGGUGACCAAAAAUUGGUUUAUUUUCUCAUAAUCAAUUUUUUCAUUUAGAGAGACUAUAUUAAUUAUAGCUUACACCAAUAAUCCAAUGAUCUGUAUACAAAAAAACUUUGCAUAGCUUAAUAAAUUUAUAACUUUAACAAAUUAGUGCAAUCUACACUGAAUGUACGUGGGUUGCACAGAUGCCGAUAAAAUACACUCGCAACGGAAUGUAUUCUGAUUACCCGGCCUUCUCCUAACUAACACGGCUUCAAUUCAAAAGAGUUAAAUCUUCGAAAUAAUGGUGCACGUAUAAUCAACAAAGUGCCUUCAAAAUUUCACAUAAAUCGCCGAUGUCUUUGGUUACGCGGACGCGUCCUUUGCAUUUCCCUGCGAUGAAACAGAUCAAGGCGUCCCUUCCACAAGAAACAUAAAUGUCCCUUAGUAAUGUAAACGUGAUGCCAAAGUUGCUAAGACGGUUUAUUACUCGCGUUGAAGAAAGGCGUCCUUUGUAGGUUUCUUUAACUGACUUAAGUCGGGCUUGAUAUUGGCGUGUGGCAGAAUAAUGCGAGAAGGGCGUUGCAGUUUGGUAUACAAGCUCCUGAAGUGGUUUACCAUGGUUGAUAAGGACAGCUCGAAGUGCUCUGCAAUCCUCCAAGGCAUCAUGGGCGGUAAACUCUUCUUUGAAGGCUUCGAAAUAAAUGUCUUGCAGCUUCAGUCUCUCUUUUCUUUUAAAUUGUUUUCUACUAGCUAUCAGAGAAUCUGCAAAAAAGAUGUCGUUGUUAAAUUCAUGCGCAAUCUGUUGUUCCUCAAUGUUACCAACCAGGCGUGGUGCAUCAAAGGACUGGCCAUUGUGAGCAAUUAGUAACUUGGGCUUGUUUCCUAGGCUUUUCAGGAACUGAAUGAAACCGUUUAAUGCCGUCCCUCUGUCAGGUGCCUCUACAGCUUUUCCAUCCUUGCACAGACAGCGAACUCCUUGCAAGUACCCAAUAGAGAGGCCAGUCGUCUUUGAGGCACCAGGGUCGAUAGUCCUCUUUGGCAAAAUGUAAGUGGAAUACUCCCUUUCUCCCUUCAGAUCAAUGCAAGCCAACUGGGUAAUCUCUGCGUCUUUCUUGAAUCCAGUUGUUUCCAGGUCGUAGAUCAGCACAACGUAGUCAUCAGGUUUUCUCCGAUUGUUCACCGGCUUACUAGGUUUCUUAACGGGCUGGGUAUUGUUGUCUUUAAGAUGCUUCUCGACUUUAACAUCCUCACCACUCACACUCAUGGCGUUCAAUUCCUCUUGGGUUACUGCUCCAAAGCCAAUUCCUAUGAGAAAUUUUAAGACUAGUUAUCUUUUACAUUCUUAAUUGUGAAAGAUCAAAGAAGCAGAACAUUGCAUGCAAAUUGAAAUAUCAAUUAAUUGAUUAAUUAAUAAUUAAUUAAUAAAUAAAAAAUACAAGGGGAAAUUUUACCUGAACAGUAAGUUGUUCCCUCCCUUCUUUCUCGGUUCUUUUGAUUGUGUUUUCUUUUUCUUUUCAGUUCUCUCCUCCUCUUUUUAGCGCUACCUUCUUGUUUUCUGUCUGCAGAUUGCUUCCUUUUCCGUUGCAUUUUGGUAACGUAAACAUUCAGCGUUUUUCCUUCCACGCAGCCAAUUUUCUUUUCCACAGCCUUCAGAUAUUCAUGUCCUUCAUUAAACUGCGCAACUGCUGCUGACACACGGUAGUCGCUGCUCUCUGAUCCUCCGUAAAAUCUUUUCUUUGGGUUCUUUGUUCCCACGACGCUAUUGAUGCAUUCAUUACGCUGUGUCGAUCCAAGGGGGGCCAGUUUCUUUGCAACGUCUUCCCGAAUAAAAGGCUGCAGCAAGCUGUUGAGAAAUUUCCUUAAUUUUUCACCGCGCAAGUUCCUUCCUCCUGGGAGAGUUGAGUGCCGAUAGCCUUCUGGGUCCUUGCUAUGUUUACACCAGAGUCCGCACUUACUGUGAUCCCCAAAGCUGUGCGGGACAAUAGCCCCAAUUCCCUCAAUAAUGCCAGCAACAUUGUUUUUGUUCUGGUGAAGAGCAUAAGAAAAACACGUUUUUAUGUGAUCAAUGAUGCUGUCAUUGAUUCUGUCAUUGUCCGGACCGAAGUCCAUUCCCUUCCCCUCGAACAAACCUUUCGUCAAAGUACAAGUUGCAUGAUUUACAUCCGACCACUUCUCUAAAUUACUGUCAACCUCCUCACGCACUCUUGCAAUAACUGUGGAGUCAUCAUCGCCUAUUAAAACCUGGUACUUUUCUUUAUGACAUAGAUCAACGGCAAUUGAUGCUUCCAUUGCUUUAGCAGAACCGGUAUGGUUGAGCCGACAGUCAUGCGGUUUAGGUUGAACUCCUCUUUUUUCCGCCUCAAGGCAUUUCCUGCAGUACGUAUUUUUUGUCCCGUAAUCGAGGCAUUUCCCCGUUUCCAAUCCCACCAUGGUGCCAUGACCCGUCCUUGAGUUACGAGCGCGCCCUUGCUUUUGCCACCCUGCGUCAAACGAACCUCUUAACCCUUCACCUUCUCCUCUACGUUUUUCCUCUCUCCUCCAUUUUUCACAGCUUUCUUUUGCUGUUUCUUCGAUUAGAAUUCCCACUUCUCUUUCAGCUUGUUUCAUCGUGUUUUCCGACACAGGUUUUAUAUUCAUUGCUGCCAUCAGGCCCUCAUACUGACUGUGCCCUAACCCUUGAUGAAGACAUCCUAAGGCAGCUCUCCGCGCAAGCAUAUUCUUGUGACUUCCCACUGGUAAAAUCGGAUUAUUUCAUAUUAUUGCCAAAUAAUAGCUGUAGUUCUUCUCAAAGUUUCGUAGACAUCGCGCUAAAACCGAAAAAGUUAUGACGCAAAGUUCUUCAUAGCUGAAUGCGCCUAUAUUAAUAACGGAGCCACCUUAAAGUAAAUACAACUUAAUUAAGGCUGGAUGUUGGGGGGAUACCUACAUGAAUUAACUCUCUUUCCUAAAAAAAUUAAUUCUGCCUUAAUUUUUUUUUCAGAGAAACCUGCCGUUUAUCAAGAACAACUAAGGAUGAAGACGAUGUUGAGGUAUUUACAUUUAGGUCCAGUUUGCCUUUUAUAAUUACACAAUGUAAACAGGGCUCAUAACCAAAGACUUACAUAAAGAGGUGUUCAUGAUCGGGGGAGAGAAGUUUGCGCCAAAAAAUCAGCUGGCCUUUUACUUGUUUCAGCAAUUAUUUUUCAGAGAGUACAAAUGAUAGUAUUACGGCGUGAACUAGACUGAAAUUGUGAGAACAAAAUCUCUCUGACAUCCCAACUUCAAACACAACAUCAAGAAAAUUUGAAUAUAGAAAAUUAAGUAGCACAAUGCCCGUUAGAUUUUUUAUAACAUCAGCAACACAGAGAACAACCUAAGUUUUGAAGUUGCAAUUCUGUUCUCAGUUUAAUAAGCGCUGUAGUAUUUUCUCGAAUGUGGGACUGUGCCGUUUGGCAACUUGAAAAAAAACUUGCCGUAAAUUAAAACUGCUAGGCACCUAGGAUUGCAAAUUUGGAAUACUUUGAGCACUCUCUGAUUCCUCUGCAAUGUGUGAACAGAGGCUAACAUUGAGAUAGAAAGGUUAAGGGUUUACUGUUUCUUUUCUUUAUUUUCCAGCUAUGCUUGUGCCUCUUGGAUGCCGUGGUUCGUUACAGCUGUCUUCCAUCUAAUGCUUUAUUUGAGUUCAUUGCUACUGCUUGCCGAGCUGUGAACAUUCAAAGAUUUUGCCCACACAGUUGGAAGGUAUUAAGAUCUUCGAUAUACAUGUACAUGUAUUUUUGAUUCAAUAAAGGUUGCUUUGGGCGUUGAGCAUUGGCAAGUGGGCAUUGGGUAUUUGAGCUUUAUACGGAACAAUGUAACUAUUUGCCUGAGUGACCACCAAACAAUAGCUCCCCAAUGCCCAAAGCAAACUUUAUAGUGCACGCACUUGUACCAUGGAACCGCGUCGCAUAAACACCCUGUUUUUAAGUCUAUUUGUUCCAGGUCUAGAGUUGCAAAUAACAGUCUCUCAUUGGUCAUUGUUGGGCUAAAUUAAAGUGGCCCGGCCAUGUCUGACGAAAAUAAUUGCUGUCGGACCCCAUGUCCGGAUAAAGCAACCAAAAAUACAACGUCAUUGAAAACGUCGCUAUUAAAAUUAAGAAAUUUUCGUCUUUUCAUACUUUAUCGCGUCUAUUGGACCAACCCAAUUUGUCAAAUGUAGGCCAUUUUUCCUGGGAUUGAAUUCUUAAGGACCUAAUCCAGGUUCAAAAAGGGAGAAGAAAAUUCGUCGUCGUAUGUUCACGUCCUCGCUUUAGGAAGUUUCACUUCGUCUUCAUGCAGCCGAGUUUCAUCAAAGAAAUAUACUAAAAAGGUUGGUGCAUGAGAAGAUGUGUUCUCGGUUUUGGUCAUAAAACCAAUUGUAUUUUGUCAGUGUCGUUGUCAUUGACGUUAAGCUCUUUAAUACCAAAGACUAUCAUUUGCAGCCUCCAGUAAUCAGUUUGCCUGCGAAUCUCUCACUAUAACUAAUUUUCGGUUAACAGGCCUAAUGUAACCAAUCGUGUGUCCAAGACAGGAUUUGCUUCAUAUUGCCCAAUCGCAGGGCCAUUUGUAAGAGGAAAAAUUCCUUGUCUUAUGAAAGACGCCUUCUUAUUUUCCCCGCGUUGAUGGCCCUAUUAUUGUUCUUUUUCGCUUGCUUAUUAGAUAAUGCGCAACUUGCUUGGAACUCAUCUUGGGCACAGUGGAGUCUAUACAAUGUGCAAUCUUUUGGAAGACAGGUAUGGCCCCUGUGGUAUCAACUGCAACACUCUGUACAUUCAUUGCAAAGCAUACAUUCACGUUAUACCCCUCUCUCCCAACAACGGCUACUUACUCCCUCCAACAAGGUGACCUUUGCAGAGGGAUUCGACUGUACAUCCAAUGGCGAAUUUAUAAUAUUGAUGGAAACAAGUUAUGGACUAGCACUCAAACACGUAAACAGAGCUGCAAAAACAGUCGUUAUCGGAAAAUGCCCGAAUAAAAUUGUUCAGUGUUCGACGAAGACGUAACUGAGGUCGGAAAUGAAGUCUCGGCAAAAUUAGUGCUAAAGCACUUCCACUUUGCAGAUAAAUAAAACGAUCUACAGUUUCUUUGGUUUAUUUUUACAGUAAUAACAGUUCCGAUGUGAUGCUGUUGCGGGGCUCCGUGUUCUUCAUUGGAAUGUGCUUAUGGGGCUCACAGCGGGUACCCAACCUAAAGUACUCUAAUUCAACUGUUCUGCCUUCAAUGUUACUAGUGAGUAUUUUUCAGUUUGUUGCAAUAGUCAGGAGCAACGCAAAGCUUAAAAGUGUUUCAAAAAUUCUAAGAACGGAAAUUAAUUUUUCACUCAGUUAAGUGUGUGCUUAAAACUAUAGUGCGUUUUUGGACAUAUCUCGAGACUUUUGAAUAAAAAAAAAUUGUAGACAAAGGCACGAACCGAAGAAAGAUUGCCAGCUAGAAACCCAAUCUCUUAUCCUGUCAUCUCGCAAAGAAUACUACUUUCUGUACGAAGAUGGAAAAAUGUUACUCUAAAGGGAUCUGUUAUGUGACGUCAUAGUUUACAGAUCGAUCUCGCGACUUGCAUUUGAGGCUCCUCAGUUUUUCCAAGUACAGUAUUUAGUCCUUGGUCGUGGUCUAUCUUUUUUUCAAAGAAUGCUGUUUUAGGGUUAGGGUUAGGGUUAGUGUCAACAGUGAUCAAACAAAAUCGGACGACCGCGUAAUGUAGUGAAAGGCCAGUUCUUCCUUUGUUUUGGAUUGGUCAGAGGUGGAGGAUGAACUCAAUAGACCUAUUCGGCUAACUCAAUGUUGUACCCAAUUGGAACCCUUUGGGAAUUAAACAUUUUGUUUCAGGAAUUUCCAUAUAAUUCAAAUGUGAAUGCCACAUGAUGAUGUAAAUAAGGGUGUCACUAAAACACGGGGUUGGGGUCUAUCUUUUUUUUAAAGAAUGCUGUUUUAGGGUUAGGGCUAGGGUUACUCUUAUGAUUACAGACCGAAUUGGACUCUACUCGGUCCUAUUACCAUUAUUAAUACGAAAAAAAAGGAAACAUAACGGGAAUAAGUACUGAAACAUUCACUAUGAAGGAACAGUGUAAUGAAGGCGAUAACGAUUUUUUUGGUUUGAUUUCACAUUCCCAGGCCCUUUCUUGUCAUCAUAGUUUAGUAGCAUUAGAAGUAGCGCUGUCUGUUCAAAGGCUGGUGAAGAAAUAUGGUCACGAUCUUCAUGUUGUGGCGUGGGAUGCAGUACUGGACAUCACUGAGGCUCUUCAACGACAGAUCGAGGUACUGAAUUAAAUAAUCAAAUCUGAGGCUAUCGUAGCGAGGAUGCCUCUGAGCUGUAAGCUUCUAACUGCAAGCUCUAUUGUAUACACUGUAAACGGCUCUGUCUAAAACCACACGAUAACGUUGUUUCACAUAUAUUGGCAACAUAGUGGAGAAUACAAAAAAAAUGGUAAAAUUAUCGAGCUCAAAAACCAUUGCAUUUACAGCGGAAAGCAGCGCACAUAGGGCUCCAAAAAGCGAUAUACGAUUUACACAGAGAGCUCAGAGAACCUGAUUCUUAAGGUUACCUUUGAUUUUCAACAUCAUUGUCCUUGUGGGAAUGGAGAACCGUCUGCGAUGGUAGAAAUUUCUAAACUUGUAUUUCAGUUGUUCGCACAGUCAAUACACUUCAAGACCCGGUACCCCGCCUGAGGCUUUAAGUGUUUAUACUACUACACGAGAAAUUUCUGCAAUUUGAUUGGCUUAGAGCAGUGGUAUUUCAGCUUAAUUUGAAAUACCUACAUGUGAAAAUUACAAACCUUUAGUGGCUAGUAGUAUAAACAAAUAAUAGCAUGAUUUGUACGUGAUAUUUGGCAUAAAUACCACUCGUGAUAUUUCAAUAAUAUAAUAUAAUAUAAUAUAAUAUAAUAUAAUAUAAUAUGUUAUAAUUGUUUCGUGGUAUUUACGCCAAAUAUCACUAAAAAUCAUGCUAUUACCUAUACAAACUCGUAUUAUUUGCUUUCAAUCUUAGUUUGUUCAUUAACUGGGGCUGCGCUUUUAAAAUUGCCUUUAAUAGUUCUUUACACCCUCUACCCGCCAUGUUUUUGACAGAGUUAUUUCUCUUUUCAUAACAGCAACAUAGCCCGGGUGAUACCGCUUUGAUCGAGAAUUUUCACAGUCUGCUGACCAGCAUAGAAGAACUUUACGAGACAGAAAAGUUUAAUGGACCAGAAGAGAGAUUUUUCAACAUAGUAGAGAAGGUUUCAAGCAACCGACCGGUUAGUAAAACAGCUUUAGUUGUUGUUAUUUCUACUAAUUUUCUACUAAGGGAAAGAAGGAGUAAGGAUUACCACGAUCGGUUAGUGCGCAUGCGCGGCCGGCCUUCUCUGCGAGAAGUUUUUAGCGGGAAGUUCUGCGUUCAGUUCUCAGGUGUAUCGACUUCUUUACUUUCCCUGCAGAGCUCCGUACUGGUGGAGAGAGGGAGGUCGGCCUCAGGAUUAUCAGUUUAAGUAAUUUUAUGAGUUGCGACGUAAAAAUUGGACCUUUUUAGUUGCCCCAGUCUAAUUGAAACAAUUAACGAUUGAGGUUAUCCUUGGUUAAAUUUUGUCUUUAAACUAAAAUAUUUUAACUACAACACACCCUUUUCCGACGGCUCAGUCAACGACCGUGCCUUUUCUCCUCAGGAAACAUUUUACAUGUACGUCUAUGCAAUCAGAUUUCAUCUCGAACUGGUACUUUUUUCUUCCCGAGCCGUUCCAUCUCUUUUUGACGAGUAAAUGGGCCUUGAUUGAACAUAGGUUGUUAUAUGCUUAGGAUGGAUUUGUUAAGUAAACUCCCUCUAAAAUGGGAUGACCUUUGGAACCACACUGUGUGUCUGUCUUAAAGAGAGUCAACUAAAAGAAGAAAAGAAUGGAAGAGUCCAACUCUGAGUGUCCGUUUAAGUGAGGUGUCCGUCUUAUAGAGGUGUCCGUUAAGAAAGAGUUGAAGUAUUUUUCUCAGACUGAAAAAAGGUAGUCACUGUUUUUUCAAAACAAUUUAAAAUGCACCCUGUUUUCAAGAAUCGUAAGCAUGCUUUUAUUUAUUUGCAGGAGCAAUCUCUUCAUAUCCUUGUGUCCUUCAGAGCUCAGGCAGUGCAUCCUGCCCAAGUAGGGUGGCUCACAAACCUUCACAGCCUAAUGGAAAAGUAUUUCAGGUACAUGCUCGUUAUACGAUGUAAGACGUUAUAGGAGAAACGUUAUAAGGGACUUUAAGAUCCGACGAGGGGAGCGCAACGAGAUCGUCAAAAAUUAAUGAUAAAUAAAUAAACAAAUAAAUAAAUAAAUAAAUAAAUAGGUUUUUAAUAGGGAAAACCUAAAUUUUGCACGUUCAUUACAAGUUUUGUACAUUUAUUUGCAACUUGGGGAGCAAGGGUGGCGCAGUGGUGUGAGCACUCGCCUCCCACCAAUGUGGCGCGGGUUCAAAUCCCGGCGUCGACGCCAUAUGUGGGUUGAGUUUGUUGUUGGUUCUCUCCCUUGCUCCGGGACGUUUUUCUCCGGGUACUCCGGUUUUCCCCUCUCCUCAAAAACCAACAUUUCCAAAUUCCAAUUCGACCAGGAAUCAGGUAGACGAAGAACCACUAUGUGGAUGUACUACAUGCAAAUCGUUAUUCAUUUAUUCAUUAUUCAUUUGCCGUUUUCAUUGCACGACUACGACGUGAAAUAGACCUCUUUAGCCUUUUCCCAGUAGAGGUCCCAGGGGAACUUGACCCUUUGUCUUUUCAUAAAUUAUGCGUAGAUAUGCAAGUGAAGAAGACGAAAUUUGAAAGAAACAGUUCUCUAGAGUGUUAUCACAUGACCUGUCUUGGGAAAACAAACAUACAAGCUAAAGAAGUCUAUUGCCAAUUUUUAAGUGUUAUGGAGAACGUAAACAAGCGGCGACGAAAUUAUAUUUCUCUUUCUGGGACAUCGUUCCUGGGAAUUCAGCUCAAGAAGCGAUUAAGACUGAAAGAACUCAAAUUCACUUUCGCUGCUCUCUCGUCCUUAGAUCUUAAAUUCCGGCAUCAUUGUUUCCUUGAUCUGUUUCAGAUAAUGAAAGGUUCCUGUGUUGUCCCUGUUAGCAUAAGAGAGAGGGGGUUUUGGUUUGCCUGUUGUUGUCCUCCUGUUAGCAUUUCAAACUUUUGUUUCGAAAACAGAGAAUAAAAAUAACGUUAGUGCACCACCUAAAAAUUAGGAAACGUUGUGAAUUUAAAUCCACUUUUUUUGCACAGAAACAGGUUAUACUACUCAGGGCAGAAAAAAUUUGAGUUUUGCUUGUCCAGGGCCUUUGCAUUCUUUCCAAGUUUAUGAUUUAUUUAGAAGACGCCCUGCCUGGGGCUUUGUCCAUCGCUGGAAUAAGCAUGCAUGGAAAGUUACUUGCCAAAUAGGAAAUUUGCUUUUCUCGGAUAACCUGCGAUACAGACGAACCUAAACCUCUGGUUAAAUCCGUUUGCGAGUCAGUGACAAGUCCUUGUUCUGGGGCCACCACCUUCGUACCAGGAUUUGAGUAGGCGCCAUGAUUAGCCUGUUAAAAAAGGCCGUUAUCAAUUAGCCAAUCAGAUUGAAGGGAAAGUGGAAACGCACCUCCUGUAAUUCGUUGAGCUCGGUGGCUGAGGGAUCAAACAAGGAUCUCGGCGCUGUUUCGCAGACGUUACUGGCCAGGUUAAGAUUACGUCUCCGAGCCAAGCUAUGACUCGGACGACCGGAUGGGACGUUUCUCGAGUUUCCGGAUUCCUUGAGCGAAAAAGCCGCAUUCCAAUUCUUGAUCUUGCUACCACCAGGUCAAAAAUUAUACAAAUGAACAAAACAAAAACACGAGUUGGAAUCUGAACUGAUAGCAGAAGGAUAAUGUGGAAUUUUUCUUAACAGGAAGAG